AUGACGGACUUCCUUGUACACGAAAACCCAGUCCGGCUGGGAGAGAAGCGGACACCACCACAGGAUACAUAUAUCCCGGUUCACCUUCCUCAGUUAUUCGUGCUGUUCCUGUCCGAGAACCCGGUGGUCAAUCCGCACUACGAAGAGGUGAGGAAGGAAUCCGAAGAAUGGCUGGCCAAUGGAUGCUCCUUCGAUGAGAGAUCACGGCGGAUCCUGGACAGGACUGAUUUCUCAUACUUCUGUUCCGUCGCGGCGCCGGAUGCUGGUCCGAAGGAAUUGCGCACUGUGUGUGAUUGGGGGAACUGGGUGUUUCCAUUCGACGAUAUGUUCGAUAACGGAGGCCUGAAGGACGAUCCUGCUCGGGCUCAGCAGCUCAUCGACAGUUUACUUGCCGGGAUGCGGGAGGGUGCUCAGCUGCCUUCUGAGGCAGACCGUCCCCUGGUUCGAGUUCACAACGCGGUAUGGCAGCGUGUGGCUCAGGCUUCUCCCGUUGGAGUCAGACGCAGAUUCGCCGCUUCAAUGAGAGACUACUGCCAGGGCAGCAUAGAACAGGUCCGCACUUGCUCCAUAGGCAGAUACCCAUCUCUGGACGAGAUGCUGGCAUUGCGACGGCAGUCGGCGGGUGUUGCGCCUCUUUUCGCUUUAGUCGAAUACGCACACAAGCUGGAUAUCCCAGACCAUGUCUUCGAGUGCAGAAGUGUCAAGGAGAUAGAACGUAUUGGGGUUGAUCUUGUUCUUCUACAAAACGAUAUACUCUCCUACUGCAAGGAAGAGAAAGAAGGCGUAACGCACAACGUCGUCGCUGUAUGCCGUCACUCCGGCAUGCCGGCGCAAAUGGCAUUCAACCAUAUCGGCAAUAUGCUCGUCGCUCGGUACAGGGACUGGUAUCUUGCAUUGGCCGAGCUUCCAAGCUGGGGUGAGCAUGUUGAUGCUCAGGUGCAGCAGUAUAUUCGGGGCGUGCAGAAUGUCGUGAUGGCUAAUUUGAAUUGGAGCUUUCGAUCAGGACGAUACUUUGGAGAUGCAAAGGAUAUUGUGCGAAGGUCCAUGGUUGUGACGGUCAAGCGGCAAGGUGCAGAUGUUUGA